AUGGGAACGCAGAAAGCUGAUGUGUACUGGAGGCAGAAGACACAGCUGGUACGAGAUUGGGGGCGGCAACGAAGAUGGCAGCAGGCUGCCGCCCUUUUUCUUGCGGAGUGGGACACGAAGAAAGGGCUGCCCGACCUCCGCGCCUGCAAUGCUUGUGCUCAGAUCUUUGCCCGCAGCGGUCGCUGGGAGGAGAUCCUUCAGCUGUUUGCGUGCAUGGAAUACGCCAGCUUGUCGCCUGAUGCGAUCACAGCAACGGCCGCAGUAGGUGCUCUCGGAAAAUCUGCGAGGUGGCAAUUGGCAUUCUGGCUUCUCGACGACCUGCAGCAGGGGCGCCUGGCCGCGGAUUCCUGGCUUCUGGCCGCAGCUUCGGCAGCUGCCGCAGCUUCCGGGGCCUGGGAGGCUUCCUUGGUAUUUAUUGACGAAGGUGCAGAAGUCGUCACGUACAGUUCAGUUAUCACCGCUUGCGAGCGAGGGGGUCAGUGGCAGCGAGCACUGCUCCUCUUCCAUCAGAUGAAGGUCGAGGGCGUGGAAGCAAAUGUCGUCACCUACAAUACCGCCAUGACGGCCUGCGAGAGGGGCAGUCAUUGGCCGGGCUCUUUGGAGCUGUUUGCAGAGAUGGAGGAGCACAAGCUUUUGCCCACCGUUGUGUCUUUCGGAGCUGCCAUCAAUGCUUGUGGCCAGGGGCAGUCGUGGGAGAAAGUCCUCGGCUUCCUCGCGAAGAUGCGAGCCAGCGACCUUCGAGCGAAUCGCGUCAUUUACACCGGGUCUAUGGAUGCCUUGAGCUCGGCAAGUCAGUGGCAGCUGGCUUUGCUUCUUUGGGAUGAUCUCCGCAACGACCCGGCUAAUCAAGCUGAUGCCGCCUCUUACAGCACUGCCAUGGGUGCUUGGGCCUGUGGCGCGCACUGGCAGCAGGCUCUAUCGCUGCUACAUGUGCUGGAUGCUCGCGGAGGGAUCGAUGCCGCAGCGCAAGUCUCCGCUCUGGGUGCGUUGGCAGCCGCUCAGCAGUGGGAGGUGUCUGUGUGCUUGCUGUGCAAUGUCGAGAAGCCGCCGCGGGCUGCGGUGGUAGCAGCUGCCGGGCUGAGUGCCGUAGCAGCCGCGCAGAGAUGGGAGGUGGUGCUGCGGCUAUUGGAGGACGAGACCCUCCAGUGUGCGGAUGAUGCCGUUGCAUACGGUGUGGCCAUGACAUCCUGCGGCCGUGCAGGUAGAUGGGAAUGGUCAUUGGAGCUCCUCCGACGUCUCAAGGUGGCAAGCAUUCGGUCUAACACCGUGAUCUUCAAUGCAGCGAUCGCCAGCUGCGAUGCCAGCGCAGAGUGGCAGCGAGCGCUUUCAAUGCUGGAAGACAUGAGGCAUGCGGAAGUCUCGGCCGACGUGGUGAGCUACGGCACCGCCAUCAGUGCAUGCGAGAAGUGCAAGAAGUGGCGACACGGCCUGGCACUACUGGACGAAUUGCGUGGACAAGAUCUGGCGGCCAACGUGGUGGCCCUGAGCGCGGCCAUCGGCUCAUGCGGCGAGGCCCAAUGGAGGCGCACGCUCGUGCUUCUCAAGGCAAUGCUGGACGAGCACUUGCAGCCGAACGAGGAAGCAAUGACGGACACCAGUCCCGAUCAAUCCAUCGUCCAGGCUGUCAUGGGAAUGUCAUCGGUGUUUCUCUACUUGAGCUGCCUGUGCCUUUUUUUCAUGGGACAGAAAGACGUCUCCCGACCCUACAACAUGAUAGCGUGCUUGGUGACCUUCAUCGCGGGCUCGGCCUACUUGGGCAUGUCCAACGGACUCUUCGUACAUAUGGUGGAUGGCAGGCACGUCUACUGCCUUCGGUAUGUGGACUGGUGCUUUACAACUGCUUUAAUGCUGUUGGACCUGGCGCUUAUGCGAGGUGCCGACAUGAAGGCAACUGCUGCAUUGAUCGGCAUCGACGUUGCUAUGAUUUUGAUGGCGCUGAUGGCCGCUCUCAGCACAUCGAACGCAGGAAAGUGGGGCUUUUUUGGCAUGGGCACCGUCUGCUUUGCCGGGAUGGUGGCCUUUCUGUUCACCGUGCUCCAGCGCGCAGCUGAGGAGCGAGGUGGAGAGGCGGAGGGGAAGUUCAAGUUUGUGGCCUCCCGGACCAUUACUGGAAGUCGUCGGGUACUCUGUGGCCGACGUUUUGGCAAAGUCGGGCAUACCGAUGAUGAUCUGGAUCUGGUCAAUCUUCGAAACCAAGGCCGCGAGCUUGCCCACGAUUCUCGAGAACGAGAAGGAGACCCUGGCCGCAGUCCAAGAGUGACAGUGACGAGGGCUCCGUGA